AUGACGGAGCUGAUAGAGACGGAGAGGCUUUAUGUGGAAGAACUUCAGAGCAUCAUGGAGGGGUACUACAUCGAACUGGACAAUUCUGAGCUGAGCCACCUCAUCCCCCCAUCGCUGGAGAACAAGAGAGACGUGCUGUUUGGAAACCUCCCUGAUAUUUAUGAAUUUCACAACAAGACGUUUCGAGGAGAGCUGGAGAACUGUGCAGAGAAACCAGAGCUCGUGGGAACCUGCUUUCUCAAGAGAAAAGAGGAGCUGAAGGUGUAUGAAAAAUACUGUCAGAACAAGCCGCGCUCUGAGGUGCUCUGGAGACAGUGCGGAGAUUCACUCUUCUUCCAGGAAUGUCAGAAGAAACUAGACCACAAACUGUCUCUAGACGCUUAUCUUCUGAAACCGGUCCAGCGGAUAACCAAAUACCAGCUCAUGCUCAAGGAGAUGCUGAAGUGCAGUAAAGGAGAGGGCAGUGCUGAGCUGGAGGAGGCUCUGGCUACAGUUCUGGACAUCAUCAAAUCUGUCAACGAUUCAAUGCAUCAGAUUGCUAUCACAGGAUUUGAGGGAAACCUGAGUGAGCUGGGGAAGCUGCUAAUGCAAGGAUCCUUCAGUGUGUGGACGGACCACAAGAAGGGACACAGCAAGGUGAAGGACUUGGCCCGGUUCAAGCCCAUGCAAAGGCACCUGUUCCUCUAUGACAAGAUGCUGCUCUUCUGUAAAAAACGAGAGGAAACAAAUGAAGGCCACGAGAAGACUCCCUCCUACAGCUUCAAACACUCACUCAAGAUGAGCUCUGUGGGCAUCACUGAGAACGUCAAAGGUGACAUGAAGAAGUUUGAAGUCUGGUUCAACGGUCGAGAAGAAGUCUACAUCAUUCAGGCGCCCUCUAUGGAUGUGAAGAACAUGUGGGUGUCAGAAAUACGCAAAGUUCUCCAGGGUCAACUCGAGGCCUGCAGAGAAGCAAGUCACCAGAAGUUCCCGGACAACAUUUACAGUGGUCCCAUCAGAAAUGUGAAGAAGAUGGCUUUGAGGCAGUCCGAUUCAUCCAGUCCAGAGAGCGGCUUCAGAAGAACCAACCCCAGUCCCAACACUAGGCAGAAGAAAGGUUGGGCCCAGCGGCGUCUUCCCUCCAUGGACACAGAGGACUUUGAGACAAUCCCGUCCAGUGGAGAAGAGUCGUCCAACUCUUCAGAGGAGGAUGGCAGCAACAAGAACGGGGACAGCAGCCGUUACCGCGUUCAGCUGACCUACGACCCUCGAGCCUCCCACAACCUCUCUCUGGACUCUGGGGAAAUGGUGCAGUUUCUGGAGGAGGCGGAGAACGGACAAUGGCUAGUGAAGAGUCUUAAGACAGAGGAGACAGGACUGGUGCCAUCUUGUAUCCUCCACUCUGCGUCUGAAGGAGAUAUCUUCAGCGACAUGUGCACGGCCGCCCUCUCGGACUCAGACGAGAACGAAGCCAGCACGUGGGGAGAUGUUUCAGAGGGAAGCUAA